GCUUAGGGAGACUCGGGAUCCCAUCCCGCCGUGCCUCACCGCGCUGGGAAGCGGCCCGGUGUCUGUGGAGGGCCAGGUGGUGGCUGUGAAGACACCCUACGUGUUGCAGCACGGCUCGGAGAUCGGUUUGCUCUACGGCAAACAGCUGCUGGUCCGCUUCCGCUUCCACGACAUGUCCGUCAAGGGCAGCAUGAGCCUUCGCAGCUACAUCGCCCAGCCCUCCUCGCCCAACCGGGCGGGCGCUUCACCGCAGAACCGGGCGCCACUCGUGCCGGCCUCGCCAGCCGUGGCGCAGCGGAAUGCCGGACCCAGCAACGGCUACCCGCAUGCUGCGCAGUCCGGAACACCGGUAUCGGGACAGGCCUCGGUAAGGGGCGCCAGCACCCGACGAACGCGGGACCGGAGCAAUCCGUCUUGGACGGGCUCCUUCAUCGAGGACAUGGAGUUCCGCACCAGCAUUCCAGGCGUCCCGCAGGCGCAGGCGCAGGCGCAGGCUGCGCCACGAAGUACCGUUGCUGCAACCAGCGGCACCAGCGCCGCGAACGCGGUGGCACCGCCUGUGGUGUGUUUGGAGCUUUGGGGAGACCAGGUGGCGAACCUGGGCAUGGAGAGGCGGAGCAUCGGACCUGUGUCCCUGGCAGGGAAGCCGCUGCUCGUGGGCUCACGCCACCAGCCGCACAUCGCCAACGAUGCGGCCCUGAAAGGCUUCACGAAUAUCGUGGACCGGGACCACUUCUGCAUUGCUUCGGAGGGUGGCGUCUUCUGGCUCCUGUGCCUUACGAGCAAGGGCCUCUGGCGCGUCCGGGAGGGAGUAGAGCCCCAACGCCUGAUUCUCGACGACCUCGCCUCCUUGCAACACGGCGACGUCGUCGUGCCGAGGUUAGGAUCCGAACUCAGCGUGGAGCAGUGCUGCCGCACCCUCUCCUGGCGCUUCACGGUCCUCCUGGAGCCCAGCUAA